AUGUCACCCUUCUAUGCAUCCGAUAUGAACAACCAUCUUCAACGUAGACAAGCACCAUCUCUCGAUGAUUUGCCAACUCUUGGUGGUGAUGGUGGUAGCAGUAACAGUGGUGGUACUUCAUCCCCUGGUGCAGCAGCAGGUCAAGACCCCAACGAUGCUAGCAGUGGUGGUGCUACCAACAGUGGCAGCGACAGCAGCACUAGUGGUGGUAGCAAUGAUGCUAAUGCCAAUGAUACACCAAGCGCUGGUAGCGGCGGCGGUAAUGGUGAUAGUAGCUCAGAGCCAACCGCAUCCUCUGGUGAUGGUAAUACCACUCCCGACAAUGGCAACAACCAACCAGACCCGACUACACCCGCACCUGUUGAUCCUACUACAACUGCCGCCAAUAAUAAUGAACCUUCAUCUGGUAACAAUCCGCAGCAACCAACUCAAUCGCCAUCCGAUGGUAAUCAACAACAACCUACUACAAGUAAUCAACCUCCACAACCCACUACUACACAGGCUCCUCCAUCAUCAUCUCAACAGCCUGAAACAUCGAGUGUUCCACCAACCACUACUACAGCUGCACCUACUACAACCAGCCAAACACCAUCUUCAUCAUCUGAGACAACUACAUCUUCGGCGAUUGAAUCCUUAUCCAGUAGCUCAAGUGCCUCAAGCUCAACAAGUGCCUCACCAUCAGUGACAUCAGCAGCAGCAUCUGAUAAUUCGACCAACACAGGUGCAAUUGCAGGUGGCGUUGUGGGAGGUGUUGUGGGUGUUGCUCUCAUUGCUGGUUUGAUUGCAUUUCUCUUGAUCAGAAGACGCAAGCAACGUCGUGAACGUCGUGCACAACGUGAACGUGAUGACAUGAUCUUUAACAGCCAUGGCUAUGAAACAGAGACAACAUCAAACCAACAAUGGUCGCCUACAAUGAUGGAACAUACACCGACCAUGUCAGCACGUGCAUUCCCACCUCCAGGUACAGCAGGUGGUAUGGAUAGUGAACGUUAUUACGUUGAGCCUGAGCCUCCACUUCCUGUACAUCAUUACAACAAUUGGUCUCCAAGUGCUGCACAGCAACCAGAGUACUACCCUUACAUGGAAGAUCAUUCGACUGUGAGUGGUGGCGGACCUGAUUAUGCUCAUGAGCAGUACUAUAACGCGACCAAUGCUGUUGGAGGUGCAAUGGCACCACAGCCUCACCAUUACGGCUAUGAGCAACAUCAUCAACAACAACCUACAUCGCCCGUAGCUUAUUCGGACCCUGCUAGUACAUCCCCCACGAUGCAGAAUCCACCCUCAGCCGAUUACGAUUAUUAUCAUCAGUAUAAUGUGGGUGCUGCUGGUGGCUAUUAUGGCCAACAACAAGCGCAUCAACCUUAUGACAAGCCCGAUGCUAAAGAUGGUCAAUAA